AUGUCCCGCUACAAUAGCCACAGUAACGUCACCACGGCUGUUCUUGAUACAAUCAUUAGUCGCGAAGCGAGUGACCGGGAAGGUAUCGCGCAGAAUCAGUCGUUGUGCCGGACGAUGGCGUCGCGCUUGGCGGCACCGUACGGCGAUCUGGAACAAACACUGUUACCUUUGUGCAAGGAAAAUAAUGCCGUCGCGGAAGAAACAGACGUCCGGGCGUUUUUGCAAGAACAGCGUGCGCGAAUCAAGAAACUGGCCAAAGGCAAUGUGGAACGCGAACGCAAACUCCAAAUAUUUCUAGAAACGCUCCGAACGUUGAAGGAACAAGCUCUCAACGAAGCCAAUACCGAUCCCAGUACAGACGAUGAGCCGAUGCAAGUUGUAGAUUAUAAAGAAAAGAUCGAGACUUUGAUGGAGCAAACGCGAGUGGAGCACCAAAACACUCAACUGCCGAUGCACCAGGAAGCAUACUAUCGCGAAAUUCUCGCAGAGCUCGGGGAGAAGGAACCUGUACUUGUCAAAAAGGAUGGCGGAGACGAUGACGAUGACGACAUUGAGUUUCUGAACCACCAGAGUAGCUCAGAGAAGUCGCUAAAAUGCCCCAUCACCAUGGUUUUACUGGAAGAACCCGUCAAGAAUAAAACAUGCAAACAUGUAUACAGCAAGGCGGGAAUUAUGCAGCUUAUGGGACAAAAAGGCUUUUGCAAAUGCCCAGUACCGGGCUGCGGGAAUCAUCAAGUAACGCUCGUGCAGCUGGAGAAGGACCUGCAGAAGGACAUGCUUGUCCGACGAGCUCGUCGUCGACAGGCCGCCGAUUCGGAGCAGCAGGCUUCGCAAGCGGAAAUGCAGGAUUCCGAUGAAGAAGAACAGGAAGCAGCACUUUAG